AUGUCGUACUUCGAUGAUGAUUUCCAGCACUAUCAGAUCUGGAGGCAACAGGUUCGGCAAGUGAUGAGGCAUACUGUGACAUACAACUUUGGGCCUCUACUGGAAGAAGUGCGGGCUUACAGUACUGCACAUACAGCCUGGCCGGACUUUGUUGUGGUCAUCUUACCUGAUACCUGGUUCCGAGGGAGCCCAGGAGAUGGAUGGAACAUUGAUAGUGAGCAGUUGACUGUCUACCUCCGGGAGACCACUCUCCAGCACCUUCCGACGGAGAAGGAGAUCGAAAUGUAUGCUGUCAGGCCUUUUGUGACGCCGAGAGAGCAAAGCCAUGGAGAGGCCUUCUAUAUCCUGAUCGAUGAGGAGGCUACACGAGGAAGGGUGGCUAUUUUGGUGGUCGAAGAUCACUGGGAAGCUGAUACAUACCAACUAUGGCCCAUCAAGGUGCCAGAACUUGUCGAUACAUGGCAGAUACUCGAGGAAGUGCACAAGGCAACAGAAUGUGACAAUUUCGAAACAUUAUGCAAGCUUGAGUAUGACCUCCAUGAAUUGCCUCACCUUGUACCAUGGCGUGUUAUCCCGGGUAUGAAGCUGCAUUUGACUAUCCGACCUGCAUGUCAAUCAUAUAUGUCUGAAUAUGACGAGGAGGGAGAUGAGAUACAGCUGAUGCAGGUAGCGGAAGGGAUGCCAAUGGAGCUGGACCAAGACGACCAGCAUCGACGAAGACUGAUUGAGGAUGCUGUCUACUACCAGAUAGCCCGGCAUCUCGACGCUCGACUCAUCCAACACCCCUACGGAGGUGUGACCAAAGUGUGGCUUGUGCCGGGAGAGGGCAUUUCCGGACAUGAUGCUGCGGUGCUGUUGGAGUUACGGAUUUCCCACAUCUCCUGGAACUCGACCCAAGCGAUGAGAUUGGCUUUAUGCAGUUGCCACUGCAGCACCGUGACAAUGGAUUGGAGAGACUUGCUGAAGACCCGCUCUACCGAGCAGUGCAAGGCGUGCAACGGCUCUUGCGCCUAG